AAAUGCUUAGUAUAUUCAUUUUAAUGUAUAGUCGUGUCACUUUCUUUGCCUUUCCCAAUUUUCUCUUAUCUCCAACUACUACUACUACGCCUAUUUAUUAUUAGUCCAAACCUAUGCACAUAACUCUCUACUCAUAGCUUCUUGAAAUUAAUCACUUUGUUUUUUCUUGCUUUGUUAUCACAAAUGGCUAAUAUAGUGAAUGCUUCACCAAUUGCAUUCACAAAAUACACAUCUCCUUCUUUUUCUUCUUUUAAUUACCAACCAAUUAUCUCUUCCAAAAUUUCCUCUGAAUUUUUGAAAAAUGAAGUGUUUGGUAAUGCAAAAAGAAGGGUUCUUUUAGCUCCUACCUUAGCUUACAAGAAGUUGAAUUCUGAAGACAUUGUUAAUUUAAACAUAGUUGAAUUAAAUAAAGAAAAUGAAGUGGAAAAAGAGGAUUAUUCUUCUACUGAUGAGACAUUUUUGUAUUCAUUCAAUCCUUUGCCAUUGAUGUUUGUUGCUGCUCUUCCAGGAGCUGGAACUAUAAGGUCUCUAUUUGGACCUUUUGUUGAGAUUGUAAAAUCAUUGAACUUACCUGAUUGGCUUGUGCAUUGGGGUCAUCCUGGUAACAUGGCUGUUGUGCUCUUUGCUAUGGGUGGAUAUGGGACUUACCUUGGUUUUCGGAUACGCUUUUCUGAUGAUGUGGAGGAAAAGGCAAAAGCCAAAGACUUGCAUCCAAAACUUCUAGGAGGAAUGUUCAUCUUCUUUGCUCUUGGAGCUACUGGUGGAAUAACAUCUCUGCUUACUUCAGAUAAGCCUAUUCUUGAAAGUCCUCAUGCUGUCACAGGUUUUAUUGGCCUUACUCUUUUGACUAUACAGACCAUUUUACCUACACUAUUCGAGGGAAAUCCUGGAUUGAGGAAUGUUCAUGGCAUAUUGGGUAGUGGCAUAAUGACUUUGUUUCUCGUUCACGCGGCCCUUGGGCUUCAGCUGGGCCUAAGUUACUAGCCCAUUAAGAGAAUAACAGAGUAGCCUGCUGGGGAACUCAGUUUUGGUUAUGACUUAUGAGAAACUUUCUAUUUAGAGCUG